ACUAGUCAGGCAGUUGGUUGAAGCAGUUCACGUUUAAUUUGAUUGAAUCCUCCUUAUUGAUAAUUAGAUUAAUUUUUCACAGUAUUCAUGUGCAUGUGAACAACAUAAAGGAAAUUCAAUGAUGGUGCAGUUUAAAUCCAGAGUUUGUCAUUCGUUAGUUUUGACCUUCGCUCUAUGUUGUUCUGUCAGUGCUUCGUUUAUCAAUCCAUAUGCGCAGUUCAUAAGGCGUGGAGUCUAUUCGUCGGAACCGCGCAUCAAAGGGAACAACGGUGAACCGUUAUUCAUUACUCCCUACUUGGAAGCCGGGAAGAUCAAGGAAGCCCAAACCGCAGCUCGAGUUAAUCACAGUCGUAUAGUCGGUUUUGAAAGUUACACUGGAUUUUUCACCGUCGACAAACGAUACAAUUCGAAUCUAUUCUUCUGGUACUUUCCUGCGAAGAAUGACUCAGCGAAUGCCCCCGUGUUGCUUUGGCUUCAAGGUGGACCAGGUGCUUCUUCUCUGUUCGGCCUUUUCGAAGAAAACGGUCCGUUUUUCAUUUCCAAAAAUCUGAAAGCCGUUCCGCGACAGUACUCCUGGCACAUCAAUCACAACCUGAUUUACAUUGAUAACCCCGUUGGAACUGGGUUCAGCUUUACAGAUAACGAAGACGGAUACGCGCGAAACCAAACACAAGUGGGAGAUAAUUUGUACGAGGCGUUGAUUCAGUUUUUCCAGUUGUUCCCCGAUCUUCAGAAGAAUGCAUUUUACGCGAGUGGUGAAUCUUAUGCGGGAAAAUAUGUACCUGCCAUUGGUUAUACCAUUCAUAAAAAUAAUCCUUCGGCAAAGAUCAAGAUUAACUUGCAAGGCUUAGCAAUUGGGAACGGUUACAGUGAUCCGCUUAAUCAACUCGACUACGGAGACUACCUUUAUCAGUUGGGAUUGAUCGAUAUCAAUGCGAAGGAGAGAUUCGAUCAUGAUGAAGCUGCUGCGGCGGAAUGUGUCAAACAAAACGAUUAUCAGUGUGCUUUCCAACUGAUGGAUGAAUUGCUAAAUGGUGACGAAGAAGGCGCUUCGUACUUUAAAAACAUCUCCGGAUUUGUUACAUACUAUAACUACUUGAACACGGUGGAGGACCCUCAAGAUGAAUUCUAUCUCAUAGGAUUUUUGAAACUAGCGGAAACAAGAACAGCUAUUCAUGUAGGCGAUCUCCCAUACCACGAUUUAGAUAGUGUAAAUAAGGUUUUCCAGUACUUGAAGCAUGACAUUCUGGACACGGUUGCUCCUUGGAUCGCGGAGCUGCUGUCACACUAUCGAAUGAUGAUCUACAACGGGCAGUUGGACAUCAUCUGUGCCUAUCCUAUGAUGGUAAAUUAUUUGAAAAACUUGCCCUUCGAUGGAGCGGAUCAGUACCAAACUGCCGGUAGAUACAUCUACUACGUUGACGGGGAAAUAGCAGGAUACUUCAAGUUGGUGAACAAUUUACUGGAAGUGUUGAUUCGAGAUGCCGGUCACAUGGUUCCACGGGAUCAACCAAAGUGGGCAUUCGUCAUGAUCAACACAUUUACGAAAGGUGUCAGUUUUUUGCCAAGUGAUUGAAAUAAAGUUGGAUUAAAAACUAA